CGCCGCAAAAACGAAAGAUUGAAACCAUAACACAGGAAGAUCUGGACAUAAAUACUGCGUCAGAUGCUAAAAUUUACUUACGCUUUAAAGCGUACAUACAGAACUUUGAUAUGUGAUGUUCGUCUAAGGACUGCCCACCCACUAAACUUUGAGAGAGAUUAUAGUUCAGCACUGUACAUUUCCGGUAAUAAGGCUUACAAAUCGUUUGCGUAUCUGUCGCCAUAUUUAGACUUCGAUGAGAGAUUCGCCAAUAUAGACAAAUUACAGAAAAAUCUCGCAUUGCGCGGGAUGGAUGUAGACAUCGUUCUAUUGAAGGAAGCGUGGGAUUUCUAUACAAAGAUGGUUGCGGACAGAUAUGCAUUAGAAAACAAUAACAAGAAACUGACGGAUCGCAUGAGAACUCUACUGGAAAACGUCGAGCAUACUGCUGAGCAGGAACAAGAGAUGCUCAAGUUGCGCACACAGCUCAAGAUCAUAAGACAAGAUUUAAAGACGAUGAAGGAAGCGAUGUGGGACUUAGAUGAAGAUGUAAUAGAAAAGGUCUUGAAAUUACCGAACGAGUUGGAUCCUAGAACGCCUGUCGGCGAACCGGUGAUACUGAAGAGUGUUGGCAACUUGCCAGAAAUAUCGGAAAAGAAGAGAAGUCACCUCGACGUUGGGACUAGUCUAGACCUGCUAGAAUACAAGAAUCCUAUGUGUUAUUUCCUAAGCAAUGACGCGGCUUUGUUCGAGCUUGCUAUACUGGCACACGUAGGCCGAAUUCUUGGCGAAAACAACAUGAUUAAGAUAGUCGGUACUGAUUUCAGCCGCAGUUUUGUGGUAGAGGCUUGCGGUUUAAAUCACGAGGAUCCUAUGACCACUUUUGUGAUAGAGAAUCAUAACGAAGUCGAGAGAGGUUCGCCAAAUCGCAUGCAUCUGGUCGGUGGCGCAAGCUUGGCCUCUUUCCUGGCAUUGCAUACAAAGCAGCUGAUAAAUCCCAAGAAUUUCCCGCUCAAGUAUUUUGCCACGGGCAGACAGUAUAUACCAUCACCGCAAGAUUCGCACACUUAUGGCUUAUUCACCGUAUGCCAGGCUUCCGUUGCACACUCCUUCAUCAUGGUAAAAGACGCAAAGAGCGAGCAAUACAAAAUUUUGUUCGAAGAACUUUUGGAGAUUGUAUGCAGAUUGUACGACGAUCUGUGCGAUCAUUAUCGCGUCGUCAUGCGACCCGCAUCCGAGUUGCAAUCUUCUGAGGAAAUGCGCGUAUCUUUCGAGAUGUGGUCGCCAUUCAUGAACCGAUACAUUGAGAUCGGUCACGUAUCUACAUAUGGUGAUUAUUUCAGCAAGAGAUUACUGAUUGCCUAUCAAACAUCCACUGGCAGGGAAUUCCCUACCAUAAUAUCAGGCACUGUUCUCUCCGUUCCGCGUCUACUGGCUUGUCUGCUCGAACAGAAUCCUGACAGAUUCGUGAUUCCAUUAAAGAUUGCCGAAUUUAUAUUGUCAGACAAUUAUGUUAUGUAAAUUAGUCAUAAAAAUAUAUAAUUUUG